GUUAAACCGCAAAUUGACCUUAUACAAUGCGAGGAGUGUUUACAUUAUAAGUAUCAGCAUGCAAAUGCAUUGUUUGCAAAAAGAAAACGACGAAGAAUUAAGCCAGGCCGUCUAUGAGAGCUAUCAAACAAAAAGCUGUUUGCCUUUGUUGAAAGAGGAACUGAAGUGUAAAAUUCAGUGCAGGAGAUUGUCGAGAGGUGAAGGAGAAUUGAAAGUACAAUUCGAGGAACAGAAAGUGUAUAAGUUGACGGAUGAUGAGGUACAAAAACGAAACAGACGUCUCCUACAAAAUCGACUAUCAGCUUCAAAAAGACGAAUUAAAGACAAAGAAUACGAAGAAUCUUUAUUGGCGAGAAUCAAACGACUUGAAAAAGAAAAUUUAAAGAAGGAGAAAGAAAAGAAACUUCUCGCCCAUCAGAAAUAUGUUCUGUGCUGUAUAAUGUUGAAGCAUAACUGCCGCCUAAAAGUAGGUUUAAGGCCGUCUACUAAGAAAUUUGUAUCUCUGCUGAAAAAGCCCAGUGCACAGGGUGUUUUAAUAACCCAAGACUGACGCUAAACAAGAGGGGCAAUUUAUGUUUUAUGAGCCUUGAAUAUGUUUAAAAUAAUCUUUUGGUAGUGCUUCAGUGAUGAUCAGAAUGGCGUUAUCUGGGAGAGAUUAUUUGCCCUGAUAUUUUUUUCAUUGAAUUAUCAUAGGCAUUCGUGUGUAAGUCACGACUUCGAGGGAAAAAGAUCAUUUCUAUAAAUUAUUUUCAAGGAAAUUAUACACAUUUUAUUCAGAUUGACACUGAACAAGCCACGUGAUUAAUUUUUUGGAUAGACAUUUAUUUGAGAUUCGUAUCACGUUUGCAAUGUUUUGUAAAUUAUAUGAAAC